GUCUGAAAUUUUGUCUUUGGGCUGUCUAUUGUCAGAAGGAUUUAGCCUUGGCCAAUGAGAGAGGAGUAGGAGUGUGGAAAUCACAGGACGCUAUAGAAGGCAGUGAAGACACAUCAAGCACUCGUGUGAGGAUGGCAGCCAGUUUCUCUCUCCUGGAAGAGGACCUGUCGUGUACAGUGUGCUAUCAGAUAUUCAGGGAGCCAGUGAUCCUGCUCUGCAGCCACAGCUUCUGCAAGGCCUGUCUGGAGGAGAGCUGGAGUAAACGGGAGACGCAGGACUGCCCAGUCUGCAGAAGGUCCUCCAGAGACCAGUCGCCUCCCAACCUGGCCCUGAGGCAUGUCUGUGAGACUCUACUGAGGGAGAGGGAGAUUAAGGACUCUCCUGGGCCCACAGAGGAGGCGACAGAGGGGCCCUCACAGGGUGAAAACACCAGCCACAGGGGGUUACAGGGUGUGUGUGGUUUACACUCCCAGAGGCUCCAGCUCUUCUGCCUUGAGGAUGAAUGUCUGGUGUGUGUGGAGUGUGUGUCGGAGCAUGCAGGCCACAGCUUCUGCUCUCUCGUGAAGGCAGCAAGCCAGAGGAGAGAGGGGCUCAGACCCACACUGGAGACCUUGGAGGAGAAAAUGUCUGCCUUCUGCAAAGCCAAGCUUAACUGUGACAAAAUGGCUGCUCACAUCGGGGCGCAGGCCCAGCUAGCAGAGAAACAGAUAAUGAAAGAGUUUGAGAAGCUACACUGCUUCCUGAGAGAAGAGGAGGUGGAGAGGCUAGCUGCGCUGAAGGAGGAAGAGGAGGAGAAGAAUAAAAGGAUAAAGGAGAGAGUGAAGGAGAUAAGUAAGAUGAUGUCAUCUCUGUCGGACACAAUCAGGGCUGUGGAGGAGAAGCUGGCAGUGGAUGAUUUGUUGUUUCUGCAGAGCUACAAGACUAUGAUGGAGAGAGCACAGAGUGCGCCUAAGGACCCACAGCUGGGCUCAGGAGCACUGAUCAACUUGGCCAAACACCUGGGCAAUCUCAAGUUCCAGGUCUGGCAGAAGAUGCAGGGGGCAGUGAAAUACAUGCCUGUAGUUCUAGAACCAAACACCGCACAUCCCUAUCUCUAUCCAUCUGAAGAUCUGUCCAGCCUACGAUCUGAAGAUAAAGGACAGAGUCUCCCAGACAACCCAGAGAGGUUUGAUUCAUACCGUGACAUCCUGGGUUCAGAGGGGUUCACUUCAGGGACACACUUCUGGGAUGUGGAAGUCGGAGAAAAUGAUGACUGGAGGGUAGGGGUGGCCAGUGAGUCUGUUAGUAGGAAACAUGGGUUAGAUGAAGAAGAAUGUGGAAUAUGGGCUGUUGGGGUAGCUAAUGGUGAACCUUAUAAAAUGAAGAAGAAGACCCAGAGGAUCAGAGUUUCGCUGAAGUGGGACAAACAGGAGGUGUCCUUCAUUGAUCUUAGUUCAUACACACAAACCCUCAGAACAUUUAAUCACAAAUUUACAGAGAGGAUGUAUCCAUACUUUUAUUUGUUAAAUGGUCAACCACUACAGAUCCUUCCAGGGAAAGUCUCUUUAAAUGUGGAAAACCAUGUGGAAAACCAUGAUAUGGAAUUGUUUUAAGGUGGGUAUACCAUGGAUCAUUUAGCUACUUGAUUUAGAAUUUUAGGAUUAUUUGAUAAAAUAUUGAGUUUGGUCUUUACUGCUAUGGCCCAUAGAAAUGCAUUGAAUAACACAUUAAUAAAUGGCAAAACAGACAGUCAAAAAAUAGGAUAAGGUUUUGAAGUGUCUGUCCUAUACAGUAUCUAGGAGAUACUGUUUAAGAAAACUCAGGAAAUAUGUAUAUAUUUUUUACACAUUUAAACCCUUUCUUUGUUGGCACAAACUAUUUCCACACUUCCAUAAUUCUUUACAACCGGUACUGGGUUACUUUCAGAUGAGUCCCGUGACACUUGUAGGGGUUGUAGAACAAAACAGAGAACACCAUCGUGUCCGUGAGGGUCUCCCCUUUCCAUAUUAGUUUUUUGUCAAAACCGUUCGGAUGCUACAGACGUUUGGUAACCUAACAGUGCAGUUCAAAGGCCAAAUCUUGACCAAGACAGCAGGGAAGAUUACAGGAAUGACACUUCCCUCCUCUCUCCGGGAUAAUUUAGAUGAGACCAGAAGAAAGACCAAAGUACAACGUAUCUUUUCUCCUAUUCUCAUCAAUGUUACUUUCCUUUGGUUUUGUGGCUUUUGAUGCUAAACAGAAUCUAUCCCAUUGUUAUUUAAAAAAUAUGUUUUGAGAAUUUCUGUGAUUGAACUAAAGUAGAUUCAGGCCUAUUGUUCAUUUAGAAUCGUCAGCUUGCCAAACUCCUUAUCAAUGUGCAAGACAGGUGUCACGUUCGUCGUAACAUUGAAGAGAGGACCAAGGCGCAGCGUGAUAUAAAUACAUUCUUCUAAUUUAUUAUAACGUAACGAAGAAUACUUAAACAGACUUGCAAAACAAUAAACGAACGUGAAGCUAUAAUUUAAACAAGUGCAGACACAGGCAACUUACACAUAGACAAUCACCCACGACAUACCCAAUGAAU